AUGGUAUCAUGGUUUGUCCAAAAAGUAAAUGGCAGGGAAGUAAAUACGGAAAGAGUAGAAAGACAGGUUUCUGAUUUCUCCUCUCUUCUCUGCUUCUUCUUCUUUUUUUCUUCUUCUUCUCAUUCGUCUUCACUCUUCGUCCUCCUCUUUCAUUCCGGCGCUCCACCGAAGAGACGAACAUUGCAUUCAUUUUGCCUGCUCCUUGGUUUCCCUUUUGUGCUGGGCUGUGCUGAGUUUCUCGGGCAUUUUUUCGUUCCUCCGCAAGGCAGAGGAAGGAUUUUGUGUACCAAUUGUUGAGUGAGGCAACGGAAGGACAGAGUUUUUUGAGCGGCGGAAGGUUUUAGUUUUUUAACUAUGGUCUGCAGUGGAAUUUUUCAGAAUCAGUAUCUGGAGGGAAAAUUGGAUGGAUUGUACCAGUUUUUAGCUUUUAGCACGAUUUCUCAGAAAGCUUCUUUGAUUCUGAAUAGUCAUAACGGAUUGGGCAUAAGCUUUUGCGUUCGAGAGUGACGGCGGUAGAGGACGUUUUGAGAAUUCUGUGGCAUUUUGCUUCUCAACGCAAAAAUCGACGGCAGCAGAGAUGACGAGGUAUCAAUUGAGAAGCCGCGCCUCCAAACCCGGUGAGGAACUGGAAGAGUCUGUGGACAUUGUACGCGAGAAAGCCAGAGAGCUUGCAAAUAUGAUCCGGACGUCCAAGUACGCAGUGGUCUACACAGGAGCUGGUCUAUCGACUGCUGCAGGUAUACCUGAUUUCCGUGGACCGUCUGGAGUUUGGACGCUGAGAGCCAAAGGAAGACAGUUGACAGAACCUGAUUUUUCUAAGGUCCAACCCACUUUCAGCCACAUCGCCUUGAAACGACUUCUGGAUGCAGGUCAAAUAAAGCACGUUGUAUCACAAAAUAUUGACGGUCUGCAUAUGAGAAGUGGAGUUCCUGCUGAAAAUUUGAGUGAGCUACAUGGGAAUUACUGCUUGGAGAGCUGCCCAAAGUGUAAGACCUCUUACUUUAGGCCGUAUGCUGUUUGGACGGGUCUAGCAUCUACAACCCAACCAGGUGCGAAUUUUCCAGAUCUGGACGAACCUUAUGAGUUGCAGAAACGUAGGAAACAUCGCAGAGGUGAUGGAGGUGCAAGGCAGAUGGACAUGAUUGUCGAAGAAUUAGCUGAUGAAAUCGUUCCAGCGACAAACCAUCAGACUGGCAGGAUGUGCGAGAAAGAAGGAUGUAGUGGCAAUCUUCGGGAUUCAGUAAUUCUCUUCGGGGAGGAUAUAUCUAAACAGGCCUUGAACUCAGCAGUGAAACACUCGCAGAAAGCUGACUUAGGAUUGGUCCUGGGCUCAAGUUUAAGAGUGAAACCAGCCUGUGAUUUUCCUGCAAAAAUUUUGGGAAAUGGAGGGAGGGUCGUUAUUGUGAACUUGCAGAAAACUCCCUUAGAUUCUCGAGCUUCUUUGGUAAUACAUGCUACUUGUGAUCAAGUAAUGCAGAUGCUUGUGGAAGAGUUAAGUCCUGCCAACAUACCUACUCCUGCCGAAACCAAGAACGGUGUUCUGGAAACUUCACGCUUAGAGGGAAAGCUACUUUCCGAGAAGGUUCACGUGUCUUCGAAUUGGCAAGCUCCAAGAGCAUGUGAUGAUACGAAAACUAGCGAUAAGGAGGAAACCAUCGGAGGGGUUGACUUCGGAGGAAAAAUCAUCAUGCAAGCUAGAGAAGUAAUUGCAGGAUAGGAUGACACCGCAAUUACUGCCCCAUUGGUAGAUGUAAUCAAAAUUCUGUUCUAACUCUUAUAAUUUUGAUAGUUGCACCUGUGAUGCUGACCUCGAAGGCAUUUGCAUCGACGAUAGUUAUCGUGACCGCUGAGCAUAAUGUGCCAAAUCAAGCACAUAAUAAAAUUUUGUCAGAUCUUGGACCCAAGAAACCGAAUGUAGUAGAGGUUGUAGACUUCUAGGUAGGUUAUGUGUAAAUAUAAACCAGUGCGAUACUGAACGAGUAUCCUUCAAUUUUUUAAGCCGUGAGGUGCCGAGAUGCUCAGCACCUGAACCUAAUAUGUUCUUAAGUGCACAGAGAGAAGGAGCAAGGGAGAGAAACUGUGGGUUAUAUACUGCAAAGAACCGUCCUGAUGGAUGGAUAGCUUGGUGUUCUCUUUAUAA